AUUGCUUUGACUGCGUUUGCCUGCACAGGGAGAGCACAGCUUGACUUCUGUGCUGACUCCAUUGGACUGUCUCUUGCUGCUGCAGUCAUUCGAGGGAGAAUGACAGUGACCGAGAAGAGCUGUGCCUGGCUCACGAGCACACACGCAGCUGAGUGGGCUGGUCCCUCCUGCCCGGGCUGGCUGUGCCAAUGCAGCUGAGACACAGUAGUUUAUCAUUAACUCCCACAGAGGCAGCAGGAAACGCAACAGCAACAGCAGCACCCAGAGAAGCUCCAAGAGCAAAAUCCCUGAUUAAUCAGCAGGGGAGCUUUCACGUGAUCAGCUCAUUCACUGCACAGAGGUAGGUCAGGAUUGUGUUAUCCCCAUUUUAUGUGGAGGGAAAUGGAGGCACAGAAGGGGAAGGUGACCUCCUCGAAGGACAGGGGCAGAGCUGAGAAUCGAAAUUCCAUCUCCCUGUUCUAGCUGCUAGGCAUGCUGCCUGCCUAUAGUGUAGGAGCUUAUCAUGUGGUUGCUAUAAAUAUGAUUUAUUGAACACUGGCAAUGAACUGAGGAGGAACAUCCUGACAGUGGCAAGGACUAGCCUGCAGGAUCUCCACACUGAAGGACUAGGUGUAGUCUCCAUCACUUGGACUUUCUAAGGGGAACUAGACAAAGCAGUGAAGGGGUGUCAUUUGGACAAUCUUUUUUGUGGGGGGAAGGACUGGAUGAAGAUCCCAUCAAUCCACCAUGUUGGAUGCUUUCUAGCCACAGAACCAGUCACAGGCAGAACCUUUCAGCCUUAUCUAAUGUGCUGGGUGAUGGUGUUACCAGCCUCAGGUGGGGCAGGAAUUUCAGAGCAGAUGUUGGGAGAUGCCUGAAAGAAGCAUGAUUACAGAUGGGUUUGAAGCAGCCUACUCUGGCAGCUACACGCUUGCAGAGCAGUUGAGUCCCAUGGGCUAAGUACAGAUAGUCAAAAAGCCCGAGGCUGAAUCGGUUCAGUCUUCACAGAUUAGUCUAAACUGUGUAGAUUGAACCAAAAAUCAAAUGAACAGACAUUUACUUCUGAUUCUGAAAAUACAGCCACAUGCCUGCAGUGGCCCAGGCCAAAAGGUAUGGGGUGCCAGAGCAUGCCUCCCUGCUCUCCUGGAGCAGACAGCUUGGGCUAAGUCUAGCCCACCUAACCGGGGGUGGGGUGGGGGAGUGCAAAGUACCCUGGGAUGCUGGAGGACUGAGAGUUAACCUGAAUCUGUAGGAGAUCUGUGACAGAAGUUCAAUAAACCAAUUUAAAUUAAAUCAGUUAAGUCUGACACUACAAUCCAUCCAGAUUUAUCUUAAACUGGUUUGGGCCAUUUUGAAAGCGGUUUAUGUGCAUUGAAUGUAUGUUGUGUUACAGAUUUGAACCAGUCUCUGAUCACUUAUACUGAUGUAUGUGCAAUAUCUGUCCCUAGCCGUGGAGCUGGAAUGGCAGCUGCUUCUCUGGGUAACAAUUCUGCCUGCUGGAACAGUGCAGGUGGGGUGCACCAGCAGCAGUAAUAAGUCACUCCAUGGCCCUGUGGUGUGACGUGAUACAAGGAAAGUUGCGGGGAACCAGGUGAUCUGGAGAUGAGGAAAUUAAGGGGGCAUUUUAUAAGUCUUUAAGUGAAAAAAAGGUUGUUACAAAGAAGAGGAUGAUGAUCAGCUGUUCCCCUGUUGCAGCAACAGCCCUGAUGUAGUGGGGAACUGGCAAAGGAAGGGAUAUCAAACACUGAUUAGACAGAUGAGUUAAAAAAAUCUUCUGCAGUCACAUCCAAAUGGAGCACAAAUAAGAACCCCCAACAAAACAGAAAGUGUACCUUUAAAAAUGGGAGGGGUGACUGAGAGUACCCAGGACCUACUGUUCUUUUAGUUUAAUUUUUCUUCUUCUCCCAAACACAGGCUGUUAUCAGGGCUGCAUUUCUUUUCAAGCAGUUGGGUAGGACUUGAAGUGGCAGCAAGCUGAAUUAUUCAGCUCUGGAGCCUCUUUGAGUUGAGUGCAUUGAAAACACCCCUGAGGAGCGCAUUGCAUCACGGCAGUAGCAAUUUCAGUUUCCACAGCACCUCUGUUAUCCUGCUCAGACAUCUCCGCCCUGACCUCAUUCUUCCCCUCCUGUUCUGGAGGAGGAUCACCUGGCAGGUGCCCCUCCCCUUUGGCUCCCACGCCUUGUUGGUUGUUUGAAAGCCCUUUAGGAGCCUGGGCUAGGACAAGCUGUUCUCUGCAGCGGAUUGGGCCUGACGCAGGCAGCCCCCUGCUUAUCCUAUUCAAGGUUCCCACCCAGGGGAGAAUUGGAGUGUUUUGUCUUUGCCAGGCUGAUUGCUGUUUCUUCCUCCUCAGCUUCCAAAUGAGCUAAGCACAGGAAGAAAACUGCAUGAGCUAACUUUAUUUAUUCUUGCUCUCUGCAGGCAGGAAGGAAACCAAGCAGGCACAUCCAUGUAAAAGGCAUGUACCUUGCUAAUGAUAAUACUUCUCUUUCUAGUUUCUGUAACAAACCAACCUGAUACCCCAUGCCACAGCAUGGCCUGUGCUAGCGUCUGAUUCAAAGGUCCUUGCAGUCAAUGGAAAGAAUGCUAAUAAGCUUGGAUAAGGCUGUGGAGCAGCAGGCAGGAUUCCAGCUGAUUAAAGUGGAAUUAGAAGCUGUGUUAAUAACGACCCUGAUCCAAAAGGAAUGUACACAAAGGCAGCAAGGUGGAAGAGCAGCCCAAUCACCUGUGUCACUGAUGGGCGUCAUCCUAGAUUCCUGGUCCCAGUUUUGAAAGCAGCUUUGGCACUUGCUUGCAAACAAAUACCCUAAUUCAGUGGAGGCCAACAUUUUUGGCUGGUGAGCCACAAAUGUUAGUCCCGCCUAUUUCCCCAAAUCUCUGAUCCCUUUCCUGUGCCCAAGCUGCUGCUCUGCUUUCUGCUCCCAGCCCUGUGCUCUCUGCCUGAUCUGCUACUCUGCAUUAUGCUUCCUUUCCUAUGCUCCCUGCCCUAUGUAUGGCUUUGCUUCCUGAUUCCUGCCCUCAUCUGCUCCUGUGCUGCCUGUUCCCUUCUUGAUCUACUGUGUGCCACACUCAGAGGCUACCUGUGCCACUGGUGGCACUUGUGCGACAUGUUGGCCACCCAGAGCUAAUUUUUUCAUACCUAUCUACUGCUGGUGCUCCUGCAGGUUAGAUCAUUGUGCCUGUGCAUACAGCAAAUAAGUAUACAGCACAUGUGUGUGCAUUUAUCAUCUUUAUGCAAGCAGACAUCAUAACUGUGUGCCUAGCUGUGUGCCUGGCCUGUACAGCUUGUGUGCCUAGUAUAACUGAAAACCUGGCCCUAGAGAUCAAUAAAAUUCAUAUUUUAGGACUGCAACUGUUCCCAAGUCCUUUUACAUGCCUCUUUUCUAUGCUCAUUUGCUGCAACUAACAAUAUAUUUUUUUCUCCUUAUUCUUCUCCCAGCUUUGCCAAGAAUCCUGAAAAGAUAAAUCCUUGUUUAUACAUCAUAUUGGAAUGUGUAGUAUCAUGAUGUCACCCGAAGAAUGAUCCAAGCUUUAUCUCUACACUAGACUGAGACUGCACUCGACUGACACCCAAACUGGGCUGUUGGACUUCUGGUUACUGCCAGUCUCGGCUAGAUGCAGAGCGGGUCCCACUGAAUCAAAGAGCCUUCCCUCAGUGAAGUCUUGCCUAAACCUGCUGAGAUGACUCAGUUGGAGAACUGCUCUAACCCUGCCCCCCUCCAUCUCCCUUAGAGCCUCCUGCUGACAUGGCGAGCUCUGGCAGUGAUGAGCCUCCAGCUACAGAGACAGAGACAGAGAUACCAGGGGCUGAAUGCUCCAUCUAUGAAGAGGUGAUAUGGCUUGAUAAAACAGAGCAGAACCAAAGACUGGCAGUGGAAGAGCUGAUCAAGACAGAGGCCAGCUAUGUCCACACCAUCCAGCUGUGUGUGUCAGAUAUACGGGCCCACCUCCAGCAAAAGCAGCUGCCUGAUCUGGACCUGGAAGGGCUUUUCUCGAACAUUGAUGAUGUCCUGCAUAUCUCCAGACGUUUCCUGAAAAGGCUGGAGGCUACAGUCAGCCACACUGAGCAGCUGAACCAGAUCAGUGCCUUGUUUCAGGAGUUCAAGGAAAAGAUGGAGAGUGUCUAUAAGGUCUACUGUGCCAGCUAUGAGCAGGCCCUGUUGCUUGUGGAAAGUUACAGGAAAGACCCACGGUUGCAGCAGGAGAUCCUAGACACCCUGAAUACAAUGGUACCUCACACUGGUGCUUCGGACCUGAGCUUCUUCCUGGUAAUGCCAGUCCAGCGGGUCACCAAGUAUGCGCUGUUGCUGCAGAAGAUCCUGGAGAACACAUCACCUAGUGAUGGCGCCUACCCUGCCCUGCAGAGCGCAACCAAUGCCAUGCUGGAGGUCAGCGCCAACAUCAAUGAGUACAAAAGGCGCAAGGAAGUAGCUUUCAAAUACAACAAGGCUGAGCAGCUGACACUACGGGAGCGCCUCGCUCGGCUCAACACACACUCCAUCGCCAAGAAGACCACACGUCUGAGCCGGCUCUUCAUGCAUGAAGCCGGCAUUGUGCCCAAGACACAAGACAAAGAGUAUGAUGAUCUGGAAGAAAAAUUCCAGUGCCUGGCCUCCGGUGUGACCAUGCUGAAGGAGAACAUGGGCUCUUACCUGAACAAUUUAGCGGUGUUCCUCAUUUCCAAACCACAUGAGUGUGAGCUAGAAAUUGAAGAGGGAGCUGUCCAGCAAUAUCGCUGCCUUGCAGGAAACCUGCACCUCACCAUCUUCCCAGAGUUUAGGAGACGGCUGAACCGGGUGGUCUAUCAGCCACUCUGCAGCCUGACAGAUGCUCUGAAGGGGCCACAACAGCUGAUCAAGAAGCGCCUAGACAAGCUGCUUGACUAUGAGGAGAUCCAGGAGCGGAAGAGUGAGACAGGCAGCGUGACCUAUGAUGAAGAAGCUGCUAUGAACACCUACCUUGCCAUCAAUGCCCUGCUCAUGUCUGAGCUCCCCAGGUUUAAUCAGGUGGCCCUGCAGUUGCUGGGGCAGAUACUGAACUCACUUGUAGCCCUUCAAAGGGAGUUGGCCAAGAAGGUGCUGGAAGAGACUACAAGGGAGUUGGCCCAGCUGCCACACAGCCACCUUCCCCUCCCUACUUUCUGGAAGAUGGUGGAAGACACAUUACGCCAGUCUGGCACCCAGCUUCAUGCCUUCUGCCAGAAGUUCGAGACAGUCAUGCCAAGCCCUCUGGUACAGUCUCUGAGCCCUGCGGAGGAGCGGAGGGUCCUUUCACUUGUGAGCAAACACAGUCCAGACAAGCUCUACCAAGUGAUAAGCAACAUCAGUGGCAGCAAAGACCUGGAUCUGACCCUGCAGAGGGGACAGAUUGUGGCUCUCUUGCAUGGCAUGGACACUAAGGGCAACACUAACAGAUGGCUGGUGGAUGCUGGAGGUCCCCGAGGAUACGUCCCUGCUGGAAAACUCCAACCCUAUCACCUGGACCAAAGCCAAAAGCCCAGGAUGCAGACGCUAGCCCCAGAUGACAGAGCUGAGAGAAGACGACACUCUUACACCUUUCCUGAAGCUCCCAGGCCUCCAGUUCCCAUUGUCACACCGGCUUCCCAGGUGGUCGCCGGUUUCUCGUUUGCAGCCAGGAGCCCCCAGGAGGUCAGCCUCCAGGCAGGGCAGCCGGUGGCAGUGCUGGAACCUCAUGAUAAGAAGGGCAGUAAGGACUGGAGCCUGGUGGAAGUGAAUGGACAGAGGGGCUAUGUUCCUUCCAGUUACCUGGUGAUGGUUCCUCCCUGGGAGCCACUGGGGUGGAGCUUGCCUGCUUGGUCUCCACCAACUCAACAAACAUAAAGACAGUAGGGAUGCUCAGAUUCAGAACUGAGCUGUUCAUCCCCCUGCUGACCCAGUUCCCCCCAGUGAGGCUUGCUAUGCAGGGAGGGGACCCGGGGAGUGAUAUGGCAGGGAUACCGAAUGGCCCACAGGGCUGAGAGCUCACCUAGGGAAAGGGAAGGACAAGAGCGGCUGCCAUAGCAUUUUGCACAGUGACUUUGUGAGCGUGAGUGUGUAUGAGUGGGUGUGAGGAUGUCUUGUAUGUUGUUGCCUAUGAGGGCCUGAGUGAGGGGGUGUGAAGUUGCAUUGUUGUGUGUGUCCUCAUGUUUUCUUAGAAGCCAUGAAGGGAUGUUAAGAAAUUGGAUAUUAGGAAAAACUUUCUCACUAGGAGGGUGGUGAAGCACUGAAACAGGUUACCUAGAGAGGUGGUGGAAUCUCCAUAUUUGGAGGUUUUUAAGGCCCAGCUUGAUCUAGUUGGGGUGGUCCUGCUUUGAGCAGGGGGUUGGACUAGAUGUGACCUCCUGAGGUCCCUUCCAACACUAAUUUCCUAUGAUUCUUUGGGAGGGGGAAAGGGGGAGGGUAGCAGUAGGAGAGGGGUCGUGUGGACUUCUGUCAUACUGGGACUUACUGAAAUGAAUUACAAGGAGAAAAGCGUAACACAGGAAAAGGAGACAGAAUCAAGCCAGAAGGCAGAUGAGCUUCAAGCAAGGGUGAUUUACCUGACAGAGUGAGGCCUCUGAAUUGGAAGAAAAUCUGUCCUUACUGAAAGGUGUCUGUGAGGUUAGAGCAUGACCGAGAGACCAAAGAACACCUCCUCAAAGCAUCACCACAACUGGCUGUAGCUCAUGCUCUUAUGGCCACCUCAACAGAGAGACCAAGGAUCAAGCAAGCCAUGGAGGUGCACACAGAGCUGAGACUGGAGCUGGGCCAGGGGAAAUCUGCCCAGCAGCUGCCUUUGCAGUCCUUGCUCAAUCUCCAGCACACCAGAGCCAACUCCUUUGACUAGCACUUUAAAUAGACAACACAGCAGCACCUGAAUCUUUCUAAAGAGUAUUAGCAGUGUGAUCUAAUGGACUGAGUACUGGCCUGGGACUCAAAAGACAUUUUGGAUUUAUUCCCAGCCCAUCUUGUGACCUUGGGCAUAACAGAUCCCGCAUCUGUGUCUCAGUUUCCCCAUCUUUAAAACAGUGAUAAUGCUACUGACCUCCUUAGUAAAGCACUUUUGGAUUUAUGGAUGAAGAGUGCUGUAUAAGAGCAGGGUAUUACUGUUAUUAAUAUUUAACAUGGAAUGAUAUCUUAUGUGUCAUCUAUAUAAAUAUACUCACAGAACAAACUCACUUGAUCCAUGGGGAAUAAACUAUCAUAAAAGCCA